GAACAUCAAGUGUUUCAACAACUGCUCCGACUGAAUCAUCUUCAACAUCUGUCCCAUCAACAACUACAAUAACAACCUCCACGUCCACCACUCCACCAGCAGAUACAUCAGAACCAACAAGUACACAGACCUCCACUUUGCCAAUAACAGGCACCUCAAGUGUUUCUACAUCGACUCCUACUGAAUCAUCUUCAGUAUCUGUACAAUCAACAACUACAAUACCAACCUCCACAUCCACAAAUCCACCAACAAGUACAUCAGAACAAACCGAUACAUCAAGUGUUUCAACAACUGCUCCUACUGAAUCAUCUUCAACUUCUGUACCAUCAACAACUACAAUACCAACCCCCACAUCCGCGACUCCACCAGCAGGUACAUCAGAACCAACAAGUACGCAGACCUCCACUCCAGCAAUAACAG